CAUGUUGGCUCAAUAAACACCUUUUUCGUUGUUAUUGUAAACUUUGUCAUAUUGUGUUUAAAAGUUAAAAUCCGUCUUGAAAAUAUUUGAAUAUUUAGGCGCUAUAAGUUUGCUAUGUCAUGAAAGAAAAUUGAAACUUGUGUCACAAUUUCGUUCUAAAGAUUGUGUUUAAGACGUGCUAUAAGAGCUGUAGUUGAAAUGUUACAAUAAUUUUUCGUUCCUGCUCUUAUUUUUAAUCUCUAAUACAUGAUGGAAACUGCUAUUUUAUCUGCCGAAAAUAAAGUUGAACGCUUUGUAGAAGAAGUUCUGUCCGAAGGAGAACUGGCUGUAGCUUUUCAUGGUUUUAUUAUUCAUACAGCAGAUGACCAGUCAAAAAUACUAAAAAAGUAUCAGGAAAGUUUGAAAACAUUUUUCUCUUCUGUGUCGGAGGAAGAACUGCCCCAUGCUCUUGCACACUAUGUAAAGCUAAUCAGCUUCACCAGUAAUCAACAAAAAGCCAGACUUCUAUUUUCACUUUUAGAAUUUGGAGUUACAAAUAAUUUUGUAUCACAGAGAUCAGUUUGUGAAACGCUUCUCAAAUGUGAUGCUCUUGUAUAUCUUAAUGAAGAUUUUUGGGUGCAAAGUUUUUUACUUAUCGACAAAAUCAUAGCUGGUGUUGAUUACAAAGGAGUGAGGGAUAUUUUGAAGUCAAUCUUGGACAAAGCUAAUGCUAUAAAACCUGUUGAUAAUGUUGCUGUCAUGAAUCAGUUGAGAGCCAUUCAAAAAGUCUUGGAAACAAUAUUUGAUAGAAAUACUUGCUUGCUUCCUAGUUAUUUAAUCUUAGAUGAGGUUCAGAAAAAGAUAUCUCCUAAAGGAUCAUAUCCACAUUGGAAAUUUUCUAAGCUGAUAUCUUCAUUUGUUGACAGCUUUAGACCAACUGCACAGAUGGUUUCUGUGUCUGUAUUCAUGGAUAUUGGUGGUGAAGAUAAUACUAAGCUUUUGCCAGUUGUAGGACAUUCUGGAACAACUGGUAAUGUUUGGAAGUUGGAUCCUCAGACUGCUAAGUUUCAACUCAAAGGUCUUUUACCAUACAAUAAAGAACUCAUGGAACCUCAGACUGCUCUUUUAAAAUAUGUUUUAGAACAACCAUAUUCAAGGGACAUGGUAUGUGGUAUGCUUGGGCUUACAAAGCAGACCAAGCAAAGAUGUCCUGUAUUAGAAGAACAACUGGUAGAGAUAAUUGUUUCUGCUAUGGAAAAGUCUGAGCAUGAAACGGAAUCCAUGGAAGAUGGAGGCCCUACCCAAUUGCUUUGGCAUCAUUUGUCAAGCCAGUUAAUAUAUUUUGCUGUAUACCAAUAUGCAAGUUUUCCUCAUAUGGUUCUAGCAUUGCAUAAAAAGUUGAGUGCUCGCAAUUUGCGUAAAGGGAGAGACCAUCUGAUGUGGGUUUUGCUUCAAUUCAUAUCUGGAAGCAUUCAGAAGAAUCAUCUAAAUGACUUUUUACCUGUUAUGAAAUUGUAUGACUUCCUCUAUCCAGAAAGAGAAGCUUUACCUUUGCCAGACAUAACUAAAGCUAGUGCAACACACGCCUUUGCAAUCACAUCGAUCUGGAUACACUUAAUGAAAAAGGCACAGCUUGAACAGGUUACGCUUCAACGAAGAAUGCCUGCUGCUUUAUCUGGCCAUUUAGACUACUUGCAAAGAAGUGUAAACAAUAACAACCCUCCUCUUAGCUUAGGGACAGAUUACAGAAUAUCAUUGUUAUGUAAUGCCUACAGCACAAAUCAAGACUUCUUUUCAAGGCCAAUGGGUGUUCUUGUUGAAGCUGUACAAGGAACACAGAAACAACAAACUCCUCUAACUGGUGGUGUUGUUUCAGGUCCCAUCAAGCCUUUAUCAUUGAGUGUUUUGGAUUCACUUACUGUACAUACAAAAAUGAGCUUAAUACAUAAUAUAGUAACUUAUGUCAUGAAACUGGCACAAAGCAAAACAACAGUCUGCCUUGCUCCAGCUCUUGUGGAAACUUACAGCCGACUGCUAGUCUACAAUGAAAUAGAAUCUCUCGGAAUCAAAGGAUUUAUUGGUCACCUCUUACCAACUGUAUUCCGUAGCUCUGCAUGGGCUAUACUACACACAUUGCUGGAAAUGUUUAGUUACCGUUUGCAUCAUUUUCAGCCACAUUACAGAGUUCAGUUGCUAAAUCAUUUGCAUAGUCUUGCAUCUGUAGCACAGACCAAUCAAACUCAGCUUCAUUUGUGCGUUGAAAGCACUGCUUUAAAAUUGAUUGCUAGUAUGAGAAGUGCUGAAGUUCAACCACAGCUAUCUCGGUUGCCAACAGAACCCAAAUCUUUACUGUCUGCCGAGUCUGAAGAAUUGAACAAAGUACUUGUUUUAACAAUUGCAAGAGCCAUUCAUGUAACAGGCUCUGAAUCUUUGUCUGGCUCAUGGUGUCAAGAUAUUCUGACAACAAUAAUGCAGCACACUCCCCACAGUUGGUCCAGUUUUACUUUAAUGUGUUUCCCUAAAGUGUUAGCUGAGUUUUUUCAGCAACAUCAAGCUGCUAAGGAAAAUAAAGCACAGCUCAAACGAUCUGUUGAGGAAGAGUACAGAAAAUGGAAAACAAUGAGUAAUGAAAAUGAUAUAAUAUCACACUUUUCACAUCAAGGCUCAUCACCUCUCUUUUUAUGUUUGUUAUGGAAGAUGCUUUUAGACAAUGACAGAAUUUCGACAAUUGCAUACAAAAUUUUAGAUCGAAUUGGUGCUAGAGCUCUAUCUGCUCACUUGAGAACAUUUGCAGACUUCCUGGUUUUUGAAUUUGCUAAUUCUGUUGGAGGGCAACACGUUACUAAGUAUAUUGAUGCCUUGAAUGAUCUUAUUUGGAAGUGUCAUGUGAUACAGUUGGAUAGACUGAUAUUGUGUUUGGCAUUGCGUAGUUUUGAAGGAAAUGAAGCUCAAGUAUGUUUCUUUAUAAUUCAUAUGCUGCUUAUUAGGCCAAAUGACUUCAAAAACAGAGUUUAUGAUUUUGUAAAAGAUAACUCCCCGGAACAUUGGAAGCAAUCAGAUUGGCAUGAAAAGCAUUUGAUGUUUCAUAGGAUGUAUCAAGAAAAAUUCUACUUUGAAGGUCUGCAUGAUUUAAACACGCAAAGCACUCAACAUACAUAUUUACCUGUGUAUUUUGGGAAUGUGUGCCUUAGAUUUUUGCCUGUUAUGGAUAUAGUCAUCCAUAGAUCUCUUGAACUUCCCACUCUGCCCAUGUCUAUUGAAAGUCUUCUAGAAAAACUGGGAUGUUUAUACAAGUUCCAUGAUCACCCUGUGACUUAUCUCUAUAACACUCUGCAUUAUUAUGAAAAAAGACUAAAAGAGCGCCCAGCUCUUAAGAAGCAAUUAGUAUCAGCCAUUAUCGGUUCUCUAAAAGACAUCCGUCCUAAAGGCUGGGCUUUAAGUGAAGGUUAUCUUACCUUUCUUCAAAAGCCUGCUGAUGACUUGGAUUGGAUUCCAGAUUUUGAUUACUACGUAAAAUUAAUUGGGCGUUUAGUAGAUACUGUUGCUGGUAAGCCUGCUUUUCCCCAUACUGAUUGGCGGUUUAAUGAAUUUUCAAAUCCAGCUGCUCAUGCAUUGCAUGUGACCUGCAUUGAGUUGAUGGCUCUUCCUACUUCAACCAGCAUUGUCGGAAAUGCUCUCAUAGACAUAGUUCUACGGGGACGUGCUGUGACUUCACAAACCAACAUUUUGACUUGGAUGAAUGCUGUCGGUUUAGUGCUUACUGCAUUACCAGAAGCAUAUUGGACUGUUCUCAAUGAUCGCAUUUUGGAAAUGAUGCAAUCUCCUUUAUUGGCCAACCCCUCCCCAGACAUUGAUCCAUUUCUUCUGUUUGAUUUUGCUGGCAGUUAUAAAAGCAUGACAGACUUGCCAUGUUGUUAUUUAGUUGCAUUGACCCAUUCUGUGUGGUACCAUGCAAGCAUAGGUCAGAUUUGCACUUUAACUGAAUUAUUUAAAAGAAAAUUUAAACCAGCUGUAAAGACUGAAGAGCAAUUUUUAUUCCUUUGCCAUUUGGUUGCACCAUUUUUGCAAAGAUUUCAUAUUGAAAGAACAAAAUAUGCAGCCGAAAUAACAGUGGAGCUCUAUGAGAUGCUUGAAGCAGUGGAUAAGAACUGUGAGCAAAUGAGAUUCAUCGAUUCUGUGUGUGACUUACUCUAUCAUAUCAAAUACAUGUUUAUUGGCGAUUCCAUCAAGAAUGAAGUUGAAAGGAUCAUCCGAAAUUUGAGACCAGCUAUUCAAAGGAAAUUACGGUUCAUUACUCAUUUGAAUAUAGAUGAGAUAUCAAUGACAUAAUCAUACUGCAAUGUACAUUUGUAAGCUAUAAAACUAUGAAAAUAUUAACUGCUAAAUAGCAUUUAUCUGGUAAAAUGUUAUGGAACAUAUGCUGCAUCAUUGAAAGAUUUUUGUGACUACAAUACAUGUUACAAUUUUCACUGUGUAUAUACUCAUUUUUUAAAUCAUUCAAAAUAGCAUCUAAUUUAAAAUAAUUUUUCUUUUAAUUGCAGUUUUUUUUAAAGUUUAUUUUAUUAAUACAUUUAAUUUAAACUUAUUUUAAAAUACUGUAUUUUCCCCCACUUUUGUUUAACUGUAUAAAUAUGACCACAGCUAUAAGGCAUUUUAAUAUACAAAUGAGCUAUAGUGAUAUUUUUUGAGCAUAAUUCUACUCUGUACAGUUUGUUACUUUUAAUAAAAGUUUCAUCUUA